AAGAAGAAAAAAAAGAGAGAAAAAGAACUACAUUUUAUCCCGGGGAAUCCAUCACUAUUUCAAUAGUCAUGUCUGCCAUUCAGGUGGGUUUCCGCUCAAGAAGUCGAGGAACCUCAGCUAUGAGUUCCUAUGAAGCGACCCCAUGCAUGUCUUAGGUGAUAGCGUCCUUGUCCAUGCUGCCCUUGUUCUGGAGGCUCUGUAUGGUGGGAGACUCCACUCGUGGCUGGGUUUGACUUUUGUGGCCAUGGCUUCCGGGAACGACCAAGUACCAGCUGGAAAUAAUAAUGCCUUCAGCGCAAAAUCCUUCUUGAACGGUGACCAAGCAAAGCGAGACAACGACUUGUACCAGGAGCUGGAGCUCUCCAAUUACGACAAACGGCUGUUUUGCCAGCGAAAGGUGGCAGACUACUCCGUACAGCGAAAUCCAUGA